AUGAAUUAUUUAUAACAUAAUAAUUCGAGCAUAUUCCCUUUGAUAAAUCAAUUACCCCUUACUUCAAAUGAAAGAUAUUUGUAUGGGUAAUUAUAUGGAAUAAAUUACUAAUAACAAUAAUAAUAACAAUAAUAAUAAUAAUAACAAUAAUUUAAUCCUUAUUUAAGCUCUUUAAAUUAUGCCUAUCAAACCAAUUUCAUUCCAGCAUAUUCUAAUAAUUAGAAAUUACCCUAUAUUUAAUCCUAAGUCAUUGACCCAUUGCCAUUAAAUUAUAAUCUAGGAUUGAUGGUUCAUCAACCUUAAAGUUAAAUUAGAUUGGCAUUUGAUUUAUCUGAUUUUGGAUUGCCAAAAGAACCACCAAAACCAUAAAGAGUGAUUGUUAAAAAGAAAAUUCCUUAACCAAUCUAUAAAGCACCAGAAUUUGAUUAUUUUGAAUAAACAGAAAUCCCAAAAAUUUAUUUAUCUAAUGAAUAACAAUUUAGAAUUAUAAAAAAUAAAUCAACAGAGGCCUUAAAAAAGCAAGAGUAUUUGGAAAGAGAAAUUCAAUUAGAAAGAUUAAAAUUAGAAACUGUUCGAAACAAAUAAUAAGAAACUGUUCGAAAUAAAUAAUAAUAAUUUGAAAAAGAUAGUCAAAAUAGUUAUAGAGAGGAGAAAUCAUAAGAUGAAAUCAAAGGUGAGAAAAAAAAAAGAAGACUAGCAAAGAAAGUCAAAGAGGAUAAGAAAUAAUUAAGAUAAUUUGGAGAUUACAAAAAACCUUCCGUUUUGAAAUUUAAGAAAAUUGUAAGGAGAGUUCAAAAUAUGCAAUGGUUAGGGAAGACCUUUUUAUAAACAUUGGAAAAUGAAAUCUAAAUAAAGAAAGCCUAAUAAUCAAAGUAGUAAUUAACUAAUCGUGAUGAAGUCAAUGAAAUGCUCUAAGACUGGAUUGAUGAUACAACCAACGACUUUCUAUUAGAUUUAUUGAAUACUACUGAUUCACUAAUAGUAUAAGUGGGUUAGGAUAAAUAGAAUACGUUAAGUAAAAAAAAAAUUAGUGCUUUGCUGGAUACUCUGUCAAUUAAAUUAACUAAGGAAUUUAAAGCAGAGGAAAUUGUAAUUGGGCCUUUAGCAUCCUACUUGAAUGAUAUUACUUAAUCAUAUUAAUUUCCUCCUUUGAGAACAUAUACUAAAUUUGAAAUAGUAAGAAUUCCAACCACCAAGUUUGGUAGUUUAGGAUAAAUGAAUGAAAACUGUUAAAAAAUGAUUUUGAUAAUAUUUAUUGUUCUGAAAUAAAUUGCAUUUAAUAACAUUUUCAAGGCUUGGGAAUAGCAUCCUGAUCAAUCAUAAAAUAAUCAAUAAUAACUAUUAAGAAUUUAAUAAAAUUCAAUAAUUCUAUCCUCAAUCAUACAUGAAUUGGUAGUCAAAUGGGUUGAAAAGAAUGUUCCUAUUCAAAAUGAAUAUAAGCUAAAUGAAUUAGAGAAAAAUUUUUAAUUCUUUUCCAAACCAUUUUCAACAGAGAAGGAACAGUCUAACAAAGAAUACCCUAUCAGUUUCUUGAUUGAAGGAGUUAUGGCUUCCUCUUUGAUCUAAAAAUAUAUAAAUAAUGCUAAGGGUGAAAAGGAGCCUUGGAUUAUAAAAUUAGAAGAUAAUAUUUAAAAAUUUAUAAAUUCAAUUUUGUAACAAAUGAACAAAGAAUAUGCAAACUAAAGAAAAUUAAUUAAAAGAUAGAAAUUAUCUUAAAUGAUGAAUAAUUAUUUAAAUUCUUAAUGA